AUGUCAAAUAGUGAUACAACACCACCCGAUCAUCAACCAAAAUACAAGAGAAAUUACAGAGCAUGUUUGAAUUGUCGAGUUCGUAAAGUUAAAUGUGAUUUAGGACCAGUUGAUAAUCCUCAUGAUGGUAAAUGUGCAAGAUGUUUAAGGGAACGAAAAGAUUGUAUAUUUGUUGAAAGUAAAAGAGGUGGGUCAAAUAAUGUUUUGAAUGGUAAAAAAAAGAAACAAAAAACUGAAGAAGCAGUUGAAUUACCUGGUGUUAAUUCAAUUUUACAUGAUAAUUUAAACUCUCCACAUCAUUUACAUCAAACUCAACCUUCACCAAUUCCUCCACCUUUAAUCCAUCGUCAACAAUCUCAAGCUAGUUAUAAUUCACCACAACAACAUUCACCUCGACAAUCCCAAUCACCACAACCACCAUCACAAAAAGAAAAAAAUAAUUUCUCAACUAUGGAAGGUGCAUUAGUGUUUUUAGCUAGUGCGGCGGGUACUUUUGCAAAAGCUGAUGCAAGAGAUCAUAUUGAUGCCAGAGCCAAAUAUGACGAAAUUGAAUCAAUGAAUAUAGAAAAAAGAAAUGAUUCAGUACCUUCAUAUAUAAAACCUACUGGUAAAAGAAUGUCAAUGCCAGCGGCUGAGAAUGGAUCAUCUGUUAGACCAAAAGCAUCUACAAGAUUAGCUAAUAUUGAUUAUAUUGGAGAUAAUGGGAUUUUAACUGAAUCUGAAGCUGAAAAUUUAAUCAAUUUGUUUUUCACUACAAUGCAUCCAUUUUUCCCACAUAUUCCUAAAUUCUUACAUUCAUCUAAAAUUUUAGCAGGUUAUCCAAUUUUGUUAUGUGCAAUUUUAACUAUAUCUUCAAGAUAUCAUCCCUUUGAAAAUAAUAACACCAAUAGUACAGUACCUAGAAAUAUCGAAGUUCACGAUCGAUUAUGGUUAUAUGUACAAAGAUUAAUUUCACAAACAGUUUGGGCUGAAGCAAGUACUAGAUCCAUAGGUACAAUUUUUGCCUUUCUAUUAUUCACAGAAUGGAAUCCAAGAGCUAUACAUUGGAGAUGGUCAGAUUAUGCAAACAAAGCAGAAGAAGGAGCAGAAGCGCCAACAAAUGGUAGUCUUGCUGGUUUAGGAGCAAUGAGAAGAUCUCAUAGAAUGGCAUGGAUGCUAAUUGGAAGUGCAGUUAGAUUAGCUCAAGAUAUGGGAUUUAUGGAAAUGAGUUCUAAAACAUUAAUUGCAACCCACAUUGCCGAAAUUAAUUCCGUUAUGGAUAUAUCAAGAAGAUCAAUGUUAGCACAUUCAUUGUCAGAAAUAGAUUUAGAUGCAGAUGAAAUUGAAGAAGAUUUUGAGGAAGAAAUUGAUUUUAUAAGUGAAGAAGAAUUAAAAAGAAUUUCAAUGGAACAUAAAUUUAAAUUUACAAAUGCUCAAAAAGCUCAAAUUGAAUUAUUACAAAUCAUGUCUUUGGGUCAUGAAACAUUUUAUGGUUAUAAAGCUCAAUUAGGUCAUUUAUCAAAGAAACAAAAUUUAUCAGUGUUAAAUAUUAUAAGUCCAUUGAUUAAUAAUUGGAGUAAAAAAUAUAAGAAUUUUCUUGUACCAACCACUGGUAAAUUAUCAAAACAUAUUAAUCAUUGGUCCAAAUUGAAUUCCAAAAUAUCCAAUGAAAUUAACGAAUGUAUACAGCAAGAAUCCUUCAUAUUUGAAUUUAAUUAUGUUAAGUUAUACAUAUAUUCAUUAGCAUUAAGUCCUUCACCAAAAUUGGAGAAAAAGAAUUUAAAAUUAGAUGAAUUAUCCAAAAGUGCAAAAUUUAUAGAACAAGCUUUCAAUUCAGCUAAUGAAAUGUUGAACGCAGCUCACAGAAUUCAUAAAUUUAAAAUGUUAAGAUUUAUGCCAGUUAGAUGGUUAACAAGACUUGUUAGAGCAGUUGCUUUUAUUGUGAAAUGUUAUUUAACUAUUACUGCACAACACAAAACCUCAUUGAAUCCUAAAAUUGGUUCAAUUUUUUCAGGUCUAAGUAAUAAUGAAAUUUAUGAUCCAACUGUAUUAAGUUUUAGUAUGAUUAGUAUUGAUGAUAUUUCUUCUUCAAUUCAUAGAGCUGCUUUAACUUUAAGAGAUUGUUCUCCUGAUGAAUUACAUUUAUGUACUAGAUAUUCCUCAAUUUUGAUGUUUUUAUAUUCAGAAAUGAAAUCUAAAAAAAAUGAUAGCGAAGAAGUUGAAGAACAAAGUCAAGAACAACAACCUAAACAACAUUAUAAUAAAGAUCAAUUCAUGCAGCAAGAUUCUUUGGUAUCUCAACAAAAACAACAACAGCAACAACAACAACAAACACAACAACCCUAUCAAACUAACACAAAUACUGAAAAGCCAUUACCGGAUACGUUUCCUUAUGGUCCAUAUUUCAAACAUUCAGGAAGUAUACCGACAGCAGCGACAAUCGCAGCUCAAGAAAACAAACCACCAAUCAUACAGCAACAACAGCAACUGCAACCAUCCCAAUACGGAUCUUAUUCAAAUAACAUGAAUUCAGACAAUAUGAACAAUAUGUACUACGGAAAUAAUAACACCAAUUCUAAUAAUAACACUACUGCAGGUGAUUCAGAAGUAAUGGACUGGUUUUUUAAUAAUCAAAAUAUUGGGUUAGAUUUUGUUGCUCCUUGGACUGAAAUGAUUGAACAACAAUUAAAUCUUAAUGAUCAAUUUUAG